AAGAUAAUGAACAAAAGACUAUCUUGCAUAUAUAGGUUGUUGAUUCGGUGAGAUGAACGUCGAUGAACAAAACGAAUAUUUCACAAGCAAAUCCAGAGUUGGAAAUUACUUGGCAGAGAUCUCGGGCAAGGAAAAUAUCAUAGAAGAAAUUGAAAAUACUAUAUGCUCAUGGAGCUUUACAUCGGACAUUGAUCUACAAGCAAUCAACGUUGAUAUUGGUGAUGUUAUCAAAGCAGUAAGAGAAAAAUUCUUCGGAAACAAUGAUGAUUUGGGUAUUUACGAAGGUAUCCACCGUGUUGUCCACAAUUUCGUCUGGGAAAAUGUGAUGCCACUGGUACACGCUCAUUUCAAUGAAGAAGAUUCAGAAUACCAUAGAAUCAGUAAAUACUUUUGUAGUAUGAGAACUAAACCUGGACAGAUGUUGCAUAAUUUCAGCUCAGUGCCGUUCACAGCAGCUGUAGUGGAGCUGUCUAUGUUGGACUCCUACAAGAGUCCUUCAGAAAAAUUGAAUUGUUUGUGUACAACAUAUGAUCUGCUGUUUGCCGAAGUGAAAUCUGCAUUAGUGACCUUGAUAUCGGAAUAUUCAGAUAGAGAACUCGAAAUACCCAUGAUCAAUAAUGAGGAAGUGGUUCCAAUUUUGAUGGAUGUUCUCAUCAAAUCGAAGCUACUCCAUCCAUGUAGUAACCUAUUUUAUAUGAAGCUAUUUGGAGCCAAAAUUUUGCAACAAGACCAACAAAAAAGAUCGAUCUUGAGAAGUUUUGAAACCGUCAUCAAUGAAAUGCGAAACUUGCGAAAAAAUGAGUCGAUGAAUGGGAGUGCAGAUCAUGAUAUGGGAGGAGAUCUUCUGCAUAUGAAUAACGAUAUUGAUUUUUGUCAAAUUAUGACAAUAUCGCUCGCUGAAGAUGAGUCUCAACCACAAAAAAACGCCACUUUGACUGCAGAACAGAAAAGAAGGCUAGUUUCUUUGGUCAUGUUAUCGACAUCGGAAAACGACUAUGUAACAACAAAUGUUCCAAAAAUAUUCAUGAAAUAAACG